CUUCCACUAAAUGCAAAUCAACAUUUUCAUCGUUAAUACAAACCAACUUUUCUAACGUCCCUCUUGUUAUUCUACAUUUUCACACUAAUGGCUUCCAACUCAAUUAUCAGCACUUCCCGGAGCUCUACCUCGUCAUGGACAGCGAAACAGGACAAACAGUUCGAAAUGGCUUUGGCUAAGUUCGAGAAGGACACUCCUGACCGAUGGCAAAAUGUGGCAAGAGCAGUUGGUGGAAAAUCAGCUGAAGAGGUAAAAAGACGCUAUGAAUUGCUCGUUAGAGAUGUUAAUGACAUUGAAUCAGGACGUUACGACCCACAAUCUAGGUACCGUAACACUAAUUGAAGCCAUUGAGAUUCUUUGUGAGCUCCGAAAAAUAUAACUAUGUGCCUUAAACUCUAUUGAGAUGGAGACACUAAGAUCAUAUAUAAGUAAAAGUGUUUGAUUCCAUGUUAUUAUAUAUAUAUUGCUUAUAUUCUAUUAGCCUUCAUUUGUUUCUGUUUGGUUUCCAACUAUGUAAUAAUCAUUUCUCAAUUCCAUCCUAAUGUAAUCCAAUCGAUUUAAGUUCUCAUAUAGUAAUAAUACUCUGAUCAAACUCUCGGUUCUAUAACAAUAUGGACUAAGAGGAUAUAUCAAACAACUCUUUGCAUGUUCCUUAUCAGAAACGAUGAUUUCGCACAUUUGAAUUUAAUGAACAUCGCUUAAUUAGUGGUUUACUGCGAUAUGCACCCACUAUAAAUUGACUUAAACGUCUUUAUGAAUAUUUCCAACACAUAAAAAUACAUUAGAGAAGAAUAAUUUAAACAAAUCAAUAUACAAUACUAAAAAGGGAAUAUCCUCCACUCUGAAGCUAUCCACGUUAUCUAAUUAAAUCAUCCAAUCCAAUAAAGACUAUUCUUUCGGCCACGUCAGUUAUUUUCACAGAGCUGUUUGAUCUCAAUUGGGCUCUAAAGUAUGCUAUGUUUCGGCUCAUUCCUUAGCCCAAAACCUCACAUCGAAAUCAACUUUGACUGCGAUUCAUCUUCAUCUUCCUCGAUUCCCAGCCGUUUUUUUUUUCUUCAAGUUUUCAUUCUUCAACGCCUCCUACCCACCACCAACUCUCAUAAGGGCCAUGAUUUACUCCACCAUUGAAAACACAUGCAUCAGUUUCAAACUUACAAUAGUUUCCCUUCUUUUCAAACCAUAUAUAUUUCGUUGCGAUCAUGACUCCUAUUACGCAUUGAGAAACAAAAACCCCGGAAUCCAUGGCAAACGAACCGUCGAUAUCAACCGGAAGGAACCGAUGGCGCUUAUCAUUCUGCUUACCGAAGAGCAGGUAUGCUAUCAACUACAAAAUUCAAUUAUUUUACUUCUAUCUAAUACUCUUCUACGGCAGGGGACACUCUGAUGUUGUCUUCUUUCGAACCCUAGAUCGAAAUUCAACAAAUUGAAAAGAUUUUACAGGUAGGAAGUUAAGAAAACGAUGACUUAGGCUCGGUGUUGUGGAGAAGAAAACUUCUCUCUCUCUCAUCAGUAUUCUAUAAAUAACUCGGACUUCCCGAACUUGGAGAUAACCGAGUGGAGACUGACUUAGAUUCAUGAUGAUCAUUCCCCCAGAUUACUAACGUUAUACUGCCUCCUUUUGUUCCAAGAUCGCUUUUUAUUGCGUUUACAUUUUGUAUGAUUGGGCCUUCUCAUAAGAGUUCUCCUCGAAGGUGCUCCUUCUGUGUAUUGGUGUUUUUGGAGUAAGAUUGGAACUUUUAUUUGUCAAGUUGAUUGUUUUUUUUAAAAAAAACUUUGUAUCAGUAGUUCUGUCAGCUUUACUUAAAUAAGCUUUCGUGAGCUUGAAAAGUUUUAGUCUUUCUACAGAAACUGUAGCUUUGGGAGGAUGGGGCAACUUCUUCACAUGACAUAAUGGCAGUGCUUGAAUUCAAGAAAAGGAUCAAACAUGACCCAACAUGGUUUGUCCUUCAUGGAACGAUGAUUCCGUCGACUUCAAUGGGCAUCUUUCUUCAGAUAAUGGUAUUAUCAGUACCCUCUGCAAGAGAAGGUGAAACCUUUCUCUCAGCGAUUUAAAGUACAAUGUAGUCUAAUGGAAUAUGCUCUCAAUGAUGAAAUCUCAGUGGAGAGAGAAAAGGGGAAGAAGAUGAAAAGGAAGCACAUCUUAUCUCAUAAGAAGAAGAGCGAGGGAGGCUGAGAAAGAUGUGCAACCUAAGGCACUAAAAGUUAGAAGAAACCUUUGAUCGUUGUGUUAUAUGACUUUACUCUCUCUUUUUUUCGUAGUGGUUCUCUCAUUCAAAUAUAUCUGGCUGGCUAUUUGAGGCAAAACAGUUUUAACCUUUUAUUUUCCUUUCAAAUUACAGGCUUUUGUUCUUGGACAGAUAAUAAUAAUAAUAUCUUCAUCGGGUCU